GCGCCUGCGCUGUGCGUCUUGUCGAGGAAGACCGGGGUGACCCUGAGGCAUACGCUUUGCCAGGCUAACGAGCGGGUCGAGCUGGGGCUGGCGCUGAGGCGAGCCGGGCAGCGAUGCUGAACAAGUUAAUAGGACAACGCUACAAGGAGCUGGUCAAGUACUGGCUUCCCACAGCAGGCACAUGGGGUGCUGUUGGUGCUGUGGGGCUAGUUUGGGCCACUGACUGGCGUCUGAUUCUGGAUUGGGUGCCAUACAUCAAUGGCAAAUUUAAGAAAAACAGUUAAACUAUGUCUUCAUUCUUAUGGUCUAGGGAUGGAAGACUUUUGGGGACUUUUCCAGAAUCCUGAUUGGACACAAAUGUGAAAUGCUCAGGGUGGACUUCAAGGACCUCAAUGUUUCUCAAUGAGCACCUUUGAUGUAUCACUUGUAUAGGGAUAAUUAAAUCUCCCCCUGAAACAUG